UGAAUCUCUCUUCGCCAUCCGUGGAGGUUUGAUGAGCUAAAUAAAGGGUUCAUUUAUUGGAAAGAUUUCUAUAGAUGGUAUGCUUCUCACACACACUUUGUUUGAACUUCAUAAAGUCAUUUUUUCACAAAGCCAUUUUUAUCUACUUUGCCAAUAUUUUGUUGACAAGUGACUUUGCCAAUAUUAACAUUGCCAAAUAUAGACUCCUUCUUCAUCGGUGUUCCAUCGAUCAAAUAACCUCUCAAAUCUUUCAUCCUCUCUCUUUUUGCUCUUUCUUUUGCCAAAACCCGAACCAAAAAACUGUCUAUUCUCAGCUGAAACAAACAAACUGAAUCGUUUGUCAACAGAACAAAUCAUAUAGAGAAAAAAACAUUAACAAUUAUCGCCAUUUUUAGCCAAACUCUGAUGCAGUUUCUCAAGAAUCUUGCUGCUGCAUGUUGAGAGCAAAGUCUUUGUUACAAUUUUUUUAAAGGAUAUUAGGUUCUGAUCCUAAUAAAGAUGUUAUCGUUUCGUAUCCCAUCUAUGGGAACCCAGCCGGCCGCAUUCGCAGCUAAAAUAACAGACACCACAAAGACCGUGGCACAACUAAAGUCCGCUGCGACCCCCACGCCUCACAGCACAGUCACGUGCGGCUACCAAGCUCACGUGGCGGGCUUCUUCCGUAACGUCACCGUUUUAUGGUCCAAGAAUCUCAUGAACCAUUCCCUCACCGUCAUGGUCUCGAGCCUAGACAACGACAUGAACUACUGCUGCAAGAUCGAUCUCGUCAAGCCGUGGCAGUUCUGGAGCAAAAGAGGAUCAAAAUCAUUCGACGUGGAAGGAAACUUUGUGGAGGUCUUUUGGGAUCUAAGGUCGGCGAAGUUGUCAGGAAACGGUAGCCCCGAGCCGGUCUCAGACUAUUACGUGGCAAUAGUCUCCGAUGAAGAGGUUAUUUUGUUGUUGGGAGACUUAAAACAUAAAGCUUACAAAAGGACGAAGUCAAGACCCGCGCUGGUCGAGGGGUUUAUAUAUUUCAAGAAAGAGAGCAUUUUCGGGAAGAAAACGUUUUCGACAAGAGCGAGAUUCGACGAGCAGAGAAAGGAACAUGAAGUGGUGGUGGAGAGCUCGAACGAUGAGAAAGAUCAAGAGAUGUGGAUAAGCGUGGAUGGGAUCGUGUUGGUGCACGUGAAGAAUCUGCAGUGGAAGUUUAGAGGAAAUGUGAUGGUGUUGGUGGAUAGAACUCCGGUGAUGGUGUACUACGAUGUGCAUGAUUGGUUGUUUGGGAGUUCGGAAUCGACGGCGAGCUCGGGGCUGUUUUUGUUUAAGCCGGUGCCGGUUGGAGCGAUGAUGGUAGAUGAGUACUUUAGCGAUGCGGAGGAUGGGGAUAGUGGAGGAGGGAGUAGUCCUUUGAGUCGGUACAAUUCGGCAUCUAGUGGUUAUGGGCAAUUGCAUGAGUUCUGUUUGUUUCUUUAUGCUUGGAAACUUGAGUAAUAAAAUGUUAAUACACCAUAGAAACUUUAUAGUGUUUUAUUCUCUUUGAAUCUCUUUUUCUAUAAUUUAUUUGA